GAAAUGCAAGAUGAGGUGACAUGAGAGCAUUUAAUCAGAACCCUUUAAUUGUUCCGAUCUGUGAACGUCAGUUAAACGUGAUGGUAAAUUAUUGGAAGCGUGGACACAGCGUCCUCCAUUGAGCUUCACGCUCAGUACUGCACAGAAACAUCUUGACAAGUCGCAUCAGGAAACACGCGCAAACAGCAAAAAGACUGAGAGUCAGGUGUUGUUGUGUAAUCACAUCCACGGCAACAUGUGAAAAUGGGAUCAUCCUGUUAGAACCAGUCGACGCUGCGAAAGAACACAAUAAAACGUCGUUUAAAGAUGAGUGAGGCCUUUGUAAUAAACCACACAGAAAACAUUCAUGCAUCUCUACAAACCUUUUGUGAAGCAAAUUCUAUAAGACACCUUUAAAACAGCGCAUACGGAGUCGGUGCCUCCCAGUAAGAAUGCACCAGAACCAGUUUGGUUCUUUCCCCGCUGACUGGUAAUCUCAACAUCACGGAAACGGUUAUUUGCGUCUUGGACUUGUGCUUAUGGUCGGAGUUGGUGGAGGAGCAGCCAGCGGUGCUGUGCGUUUGUCUCAAAAAACACGCGAGUCGAAUGGUCUGAGAAGUUUAGAGGCGACGGUGUCAACGAGCGUUCGAAGAGAAAAGGUUUGUGUGUUUAAUCUGUGAAGAGGCGUCACCUCACUACCACUGUGUCUGGUGUUUGACCAAGCGUCCUCACGGUAACAAGUGAAAGCACGGUGAUCUACCGCUAUGACGCCUUGUUUCUGUUUAACGUGUGGGUAAAUGCAUUUUAAUGCAUUAAACCUGCAGCCAGCGAUGGAAAGGUUAAUAAUAGAAAAUCAUUACGACCGUCGGGCUGUAGACGCUUCAUCGGGUCUCAGGAUUUCCACUUAAGCCGUUCUUUCUUCAUUUAAACACACCGUUUAUUGCCAAUAAGCAAUAAAAGCCGUUGUUCAUCUACAGCUCUUCUUCCGUAGCUGUUCAUUUUCUUCUCCAAAGGAGAAAAGGAGCCGCUUUCAUCAAAGGUGACGCCUGACGUUUGUCCAGUAAACGGAAACCAGACGGUACAGGAAUCGAUCUGGUCUGAAACACAGAAAGUGAUUCCAACAAUAUUAUAAACUACAUCAUCGUAUGUAAAAGCCAGACAGGGACACAGACAGUGUCUUCAGGCUGAUCCUCAUCUUGGUUCUCGCGUAGGUGAUGUCAUGGGCGGCUCCUCCAUCAAAAAGAUCUUUCGAAAAAAGAAGAAGUCGCGGUGGAAGAAAACCUGGAAAAAGAUGAAAAAGGCCCUCCCCACCAAGAAACGCAAGAAGAAGAAGAGCAACGGGCUGCUGGAAAAGCUGAACCCCAGAAAGAAGAAGAAUCCUGAGAAGGAGGAGUCAAAGUCGCUUAAACGAGUCUUCUUCGGUAAAUCAAAGAAGGAGCCGAGUGAGGACGCGACGCCGCCUGAGAAGAAGGAUGAGGGAGCGCUGGAGAAGUUAAAGGAGCGGAUGAAGAGCAAGAUGGGCCGGAAACCUUCAAACGGACUCAGCAAAGUAGAGGAAGCUGCAUCUCCUGAGAACCCGGAGGAAACAAAGGAGCAAAACGCCAGCAGCAGUCCCAGGAAGGAGGAAAAGGAACCCACAAGGAAACUGAAGGAGAUCCUGAAAUCCAUCCGACCCACGAGAUCCAGAACAAAAGACGCUCAAGACAAAGAAGCGUGAAACAGGCGACAGGAGAACUGAUUGACGCUUUAAUGACGACACUGUCACAGGAAACCAUAAAACAUCCAGGUUCUUUCCAAUGCACACAAAUGUCAGUUUUUACAUUAAUAUGUUCACCAUUAAGCUUCACAUCCUGUACAGUCAGUCAUGUCUGAAAAUGAAACCACGGCUAUAAAAAAAGCAACAAGUAGAUUCAGGUUCAUCUCGGUUUCUCCUGUGGCUGCUGAUGAGAGCCUAAAAAAACGCCUUAUAUCUAUUAUUUACAAAGCACUGUGUCAUUUCGGCAAAAAUUAGAUAAGUAAAUAAAGCAAAAUAAAAAAAGAAAGAAACAGGUUUAUUGACUGAUAAAAUAAAGUGUGUUAAUGAAACAAACAUGCACGUGACAAGAUCCGUGUCUCUCCCAAAUCAUGAAGGCUAAAAUAUCCAGUUAAUGUGUGGUUAUACUUUGGGGGUAAAAUGUUAAUAUCAUGCAACAAAACUGUUGUAAUAAUGUAAUAAAGCCUGAAUGUGUGAACCAAUAA